AUGAGUCGUUUCAACAACAACGGUAAAUCGGCGUGGGGCGCCCAUCUCCUGGAUACGUUUCCUAAUGGUGUUUCGCGUCGUCCAAAUUUCAACAAUCGACGCAAUGGGGUUUUCCAGCGCCAAAAUAUGGAAGACGGUGAAUUGGAGAGUCGUCCUAACGAAGAUUCGCAUCAUGACGAUUCCGUGAAUGGGAAGCUGGAUCGAUUACUGGAUAAGAUGGAUAAAUUUGAUCUAUGGACGGAUGAAACGGAUAGCCGCUUUGAGAGUCUGGAUCCGAAUUUGUCGCGUGAGACGGAACCCGCUCUAGGGUUUGACGAUGCAGAUGAGGGGGAGUAUGAGGAUUUCAGGAGGAGGAAAUCGGGGGAUAGAGGAUAUCGCGCCAGGAACCCUAAUUUCGGAAAUCGUGAUGCGACAAUGGAGGAGAGGGGACGUCGCAGUGAGAGGGGCAGGAGUGUUUCGGGCUGGGAUCCCCCAGGGAACUGCUACGCUCGCGCGCAGUUUGGUGGCUUUCCGCAGCAAUUUGACACACCGACUUCAUGUUGGGAUCCACCCCAACGAUAUCAAUCGUCUACUGCGGGGUUUGACAAAAAUCUGGUGCCGAUGAAGCCACCUUGGUUCGAUGGCAGCGACGCAACAAACUGGAUCUCCAGGGUUCAGUAUUAUUUUGAUCAUGUGAUGAUGCCCGAUGCCCAGCGCCUUCAUUACGCAGUCAUGGUGUUCGAUCCUCCAGCGUCUGAAUGGGUAUUUAAUUACUGCGGUAAUAAUGAUUUCGUCACUUGGCAUGAAUUUUUGGAGGACGUUCUUAACCGCUUCGACAGACAGAGCUUCAAGGAUUAUUUCGGGUUGAUCGCUAAGCUGACCCAGACAGGCACGGUGUUAGAGUACCAUGAUACGUUUGAGAAGUACUUGAAUCGGGUCCAGGGGGUCCCGGAGUCGAAACUUCGUACUCUGUUUGUGGUGGGUCUGACGGCGAAUAUGCAGGAGAGCCUGAAAUUACACCGCCUGACUUCUCUGGCUACAGCCUUGGUGUCAUCUCUAGAACUUGCUGAUACACAGUCUGACCGUAACAUUGCGCAAUCUUCGGCGAGUUUCCAGCGCAAGCAGUGGCAGGGUCGCGAUGGUCGUAUGUCGACGGGUCCAACAGGUACCCAACUGCCGACAAGUACAGUAUCCGGGGCGGGUCUCCCGUCGGGUCAGCCACAGCGAGUGAAGGAGCAGCCGCGUUUGCCAUUGAUUCGGGUGUCGCAGGCAGAAAAAUCAGAACGUUCACGACUUGGGCUACGUUGGCACUGCCCGGGAAAAUGGGUAAUUUGUCACGUGUGUAAGCAGCGUAUGCUCUGCUACGCUGAUGAGGAUGAUGCGGGGAUUGAUGAGUGGGAUGGUGAUGUUCGAGACGAGGAGGUGAUUAGGGAGGUCGCGCAUAUACACUCACUGGAUGGGGGACGUCGGUCUAGACCGCUCAAGGUUUUGGGACAGAUUCAGGAUCGUGAGGUCUGCAUACUUGUCGACACUGGCAGUGACAGAGACUUCCUGCAUCUGGAAAUCGCGGAAAGUCUACAUUUGUCGUUAUCCCCGAUUCGGCCCUUUCGGGUGUUUAUAGGUAAUGGAGUCGCUUUACUCUGCACUCACAUGUCGAGGCAAACUAAGUUGGAAGUGCAGGGAUCCGUGUUCGUGGUGGACCUCCACAUCUUACCGAUUCAUGGCACGGAUGUGAUUUUAGGGAUGGAUUGGCUAGAAUCGCUGGGCAAGAUUUCUGCAGAUUUCGCUGGCAAAACCUUGGAAUUCAUUCACAAGGGACAGCCGUUCACCCUGAAUGGCAUCACAGCCCCACCGCGCCGCCUAGGUGUACACUCUCUAUUCAUGCUGCACUCAUCUCCGGAUGUGUCAGCCUGUUUUGAGAUUGUUUUAUUGGAGCUGGAAUCAGCGGCAAGUAAGUUGGAAGCAUUUCCCGGGGAUCUGCCGGUAGGGAUAGCUGGAGUAUUGGAGGGUUUUCGUAACGUUUUCAGGGUACCGACUGACAUGCCCCCGACCCGGCAAUAUGAUCACAGAAUUCAUUUGUUACCAGGGUCUAAGCCUGUGAAUGUGAGACCAUAUAGGUACCCCUAUUUCCAGAACACCGAGAUUGAGCGACAAGUGCGGGAGAUGUUGGAGCAGGGGAUUAUUCAAUGGAGUAAUAGCCCGUUCUCAUCGCCUGUGUUGCUAAUCAGAAAGAAAGACGGGUCCUUCUGUUUCUGCAUUGAUUAUCGAUCCUUGAACAAUGCAACAAUUCCUGAUCAUUUUCCAAUUCCAACGGCGGAUGAGCUCUUUGAUGAAUUGGGGAAGGCAAGAGUAUUCUCCAAUGUGGAUUUGCGAUCGGGCUAUCACCAGAUUCGGAUGCAUGAAGAAGAUGUGUUCAAGACGGCUUUCCGUACCCACGAUGGGCACUUCGAGUUCCUAGUGAUGCCCUUAGGUCUGACUAACACGCCCUCCACUUUCCAGGCUGCCAUGAACUCUAUAUUCCAGCCUAUGCUCCGUAAGUUCGUCAUUGUAUUUUUUGACGAUAUUCUGAUUUAUAGCCCGUCCGUCAAGGCGCAUGAAACGCACUGUCGGCCGUGUUAG